UCGCGUCUUUACUCUACUGCCAGUCAUGUCGUCAAAGGAACUGCUUGGAGAGUAUGCAAAACUCGCUACGAAGUUGGAGCAUAUCAACGAGACGCUGCAGGAGAUGAAUGCGGUUGACAUUGCACAGCUGAUCGACAAGAUUCGGAUCGUAGAGCGAAAAAUGGGUCUCGUCUAUACGCUCUUCAAGUCGUCGGUAUACACUGUAACAGUGCAGCAUCAGGAGCAGGAACAGGCGCAAGAUCAAUUGGAGGAGUAUGAGCAGGAGCAGGAGCAAAUCAACAACAAUGUAGAAUACCACCAGGAACGAGACCAGUAUCACCUGCAGGAUCAGGCACAUGGUCAGGGCCAGCAACAACAACAGCAGCAGGAGUCUUAUCAAGAGUACCAAGGCCAACAACAAGAACAACAAUUGCCACAAUCGCACACGUACCGGUUAUCGUCGCAGUCAAGGAGGACUUCGCUUUAUAACACAAGCGACGGUGGAAAUGAGCGACGGAGUUCACAAUAUAGGAACACAUCACGGCCAUCGCUACGGACAUCGAAUGCAAGGGAGGAAUAUCAGGCAACAACGGGAUACCGGUCAAUCCUGUCGCUCUCACGCGGAGACACAUCCUCACGCUGGAGCCAGGCACUUGCAGGACGCGACCCAGACAACUACACCAAUCGGCCCCGAUACCAUUAGCCAGACAUUCCUGUGUGACUUUGUAAAAUAAAAGGUUUUUCUUCUAGUAUGUUUCGCUGAGCUGAGUUCAGGGAGGCAGGGGAGCAGAGCUGUAUAAGAGGGAGGGGGAUCCGCCAGGGAUGAUCGGUGGGCC